CAGAAGAAGAUGGAGUUUCCCGAUCUUGGAAAACACUGCUCAGAGUCGAGAUGUAAACAGCUAGAUUUCCUUCCCAUGAAAUGUAAUGCCUGUGCCAAAAUAUUUUGUGGAGACCAUAUACAGUACAACUCACACAACUGCACAGAAUCCUACAAAAAGGAUAACCAGGUGCCUGUGUGUCCGUUAUGUAACACCCCUAUACCUGUGAAGGCUGGUGAACUGCCGGAUGUGAGGGUGGGGCAGCAUAUUGACAGUGACUGUCAAUCUGACCCUGCCAAGGAACGUAGAAAGAUUUAUACAAACAAGUGCUCGCACAAAGGAUGUAAACAAAAAGAGUUAGUUCCAGUGCAUUGUGAUAAAUGCCGGAAGAAUUUCUGUUUAAAACAUCGUCAUGAGUUAGAUCACAAUUGUCAAGGUUUUGAGGACUCUGGAAGAGGCAUGACAUCUGCAGGAGCUGCAGCCUUGUUCCGCUCCCUGACUAACAAAAACAAGCCCAGUGGAAGUGGAGGUGGUAGUGGAAGCAGUACCAGUGCCAAACGGUCUGACACCAGACCUCAGUCUUCUCUCUUGUCAUCAAUUGGUGGAGAUCUCAAUAGAUCCCGUCAGCAGAGACAAGCCAGUUCCCGGCCAGCCUCUCACACAGCUCAGACUCUGCAGAACGGAAUGUCUGAAGACGAGGCCAUGGCGAGAGCUCUACAGUUGUCCAUGGCUGAUUCCUCACGACCAGCUCAACCCUCUCAGCCCAGCAGACCAUUAUCUCUCCAGGAGCAGGAAGAUUUACAGUUAGCUCAGGCUCUGGCUGCCAGCGAGCAGGAGGCCAGGAAUGUGAGGGCGAGGAGGGCUAUAAAAGGUUCUGCAUGAAGAUAGAAAAGCGGUGCACUCCAUGUCAGAGGUGUUCUAACAGACCCCUUCACUAUUUCUGUUGUAGCAACAAGCUCAACAGGACAAAUCCUCCUGCCACGUGUCCUAGGAGAGUUUUCACCUACACUCCUAUAUUUACAAUCACAAGAGCUUUGUUAUUCUUAACUUCUUACACACCUUGUUAUUAAACGAUUUAUGAUGUUUAUCCUGUUAUUUAAUUGUGAACAGUUAUGUGUAUUUUAAUGAUAAAAUUUACUGUGUGUAUAUGGUGGAAGUGGCAAUGUUAUCCUCAUCAGUAUUGCUGGUUGGAGUUAUUGAAUGUUUUCAGGGGUUUUUGCAUUGCUCUGAAACAAGAAUUUUAAGUCUGACAUGAAGAAUAUUAAUUAAAUAUGUUAUGUAUGUGUACAUUCCUAAGAUCCACAGAGGGCCUUAGUUGCCGUGGGGUAACCCCCCCAUGGGGGCGCCAGUGCAGUGACUCAGGAGCCUCUCACCAAUGCGGUUGCUGUGAGUUCAAGUUCAGCUCAUGCUGCCUUCCUCCCCGAACAUAUGUGGGCAUGUCUGCAAGCAACCUGCAGAGGGGUGUGGGUUUCCCGCAAGCUCUGCCCGUUUUCCUCCCACCAUAAUUAUGUCCGUCGCCAUAUAAGUGAAAAACUCUUGAGUGCGACGUAAAACUCCAAUCGAAUAAAUAAAUAAAUAUGAUCUACAGUUGUAACCCAGUUUUAUUUGGGUGUUGCUACCUAAAUAAGUAUGAUUAUGUUUGUCGGGGAUAGUCCUCAUGUGAUUUGUCAACACCCUCGUUUUUGGAGGAAUAAACAGAAUGCUAGAACAGAUGUUAUGCAAGAAUUUUUUUCUCGUGAGCAUACUUUGUGAUCAGUUCACUUCACAGUAAUAUUGCGCCCAACUUGUCAGAUCAACAACUCUUGGAACACUGAUGUGCCUUUUAAUUAUUUACAUGGACGUCUAUCUGUCCAGGUCUACUUGCCGCACAACUGUGUCAUUUAUCAGGGAACACAUUGUCAUGAACAUAGAAAGGGCAGCGCACACAAGUUUUACAGCUGGCUGUAAAGGAUCUGAAGUGACAGACAGCAGAGUUUAGUGGAGGCUAUAUUAUUUGUUAUUUCUGACACUUCUUAACUUUUUUGUUAUACUGUUGUCACGGUGUUGGUGUUUGUCAUAUACAAACCGAAUUUGUCAUGUACAUGUACAGUAUGUCCUUUGUCAGGCUUUCACAAACAGUCCUUGGGUUUUACUCGCAUCUAACCACUCUUGGUACCAUAAAGCAUAGGCAGAUAAAGAAAAUUAUAUUGGUGGCUACUGUGCAUAUUGUCAGCUGUCCAGCCAUUAUGGUCAGUAUAUACAAGGUACAUCUUUGCUGUAGAAUUUCUCAAGUAGUUUCACAGCAAAAUUACACACACUAGGUAGAUAUUGUUUGAACAAUCUCCAGGUGAAUGUAUACAUUUAGUGUUAUACAUAUACUUCAUCCCCCAAAGUUUCUUGUCAAAAUUACUUGCUAAGCUGUCUGCGUAAUCAUGUGUGUGUGUGCAGCAGUCUUGUGCGAGUCUUUCCUGUAUGGGCUCAGUGUGACAGAGGACUUUACAAGUACUCCGACUAGGCAUGUGAGGAUUUGUGAUUUGUCAGAUAAAUCAACAGGAAAACCGUCCUUCCCAUUCCGAAUCUGGUCCUGCUCCCAUUUAAAAUGCGGAGACUGUGAGGAGCAUGAAUUAGCACUGUGUAGGCCUACAUAUUUGUGACAUUCUGGCCGAGCCUAUGAGCUUUCAGAAAAUUACUUGGCUGAAAUAGUGUAAUGUAUGCUUGUAACCUUUUAAUAUGGAAUUUAUAGGUCAUUUCUAUUUUAUCUGGAAAUGCUGCUAAGGGAAAUGAAACCUAGGUGAUCUAUAAUCAGAUUUUGCUUGUGGGUUAGGGAGCAAGAUGUUCUUAUGUGCUAGUAAUGUCAGUGUGAGUUCAAGCUUCAUUUCUUCACAUGAACUACAACAGAUUCUUGGAUGUGCUUAAGUAAUAUCAUCAUCAUGUGCUAUGUUCAUUUUAUUUCGUUCUACUUACAUGCGUUUAUAUUUUUGACCCCACUACAAGGGUCUCGUGUAGAACCAGUAAUGAGGUGGUUUGGAUAUACAUGUCAUAAAGUGUUCAGUCUUUGUGAGCAAUUUUUAAUGCGGCAAAUUGAUGGUACGUAUAGUCUACAUGAGAUCUGUUUCCUAAGUUCACUGCUUUUUGAUCGGCUCUAAAACUGCCAAGCUGAUGAAUCAGUACAACAAUGGAGCAAGUUAAGCAGUUGCUACUGUACAGAUGACAGAUGUGACCAAAUGAAGAAUUUGUGAUGUUUUAUUCUUUUUACAUGUGAUGAUGUCAACAAUACAUAUAUUACUAUAUUAUUUAUGCUAUUCUGUAGAAUAAAUGAU